AUGCAAAGCUUGUCAAUUUAUCCUCGAUGAAAAGUUGGGGCUAUCAUGGUCGCGGUGAGCUCUUUUAGCAGUGGAGUGGCUGUGUAUGUGCGGCUCUGGAGUCUGCCUGCACAGUGUACCUGCCUCGUUCCACCUCUAAUCGCUGCCAUCAUGCUCGCAAUUACGCAUCAACAUCGGCGACCGCAUGGCGCUAUCUGCAAUGCCUCGGUCGCAGACCCGCCGUGCUCGCUUCCUUACUCCAGAUAUGAGGAUAGUGUUCCCGCUAAGCUUUGUAGUGGAGAACGCCUGACCUGUCAUGUUAAAUUUGGAUCUGCGUCGUGACCGGUAAAUGAGGCUGGUGUGCUAUCUUUGUGAGGGUACGGAAAAGUCGCGGAUGUCUGCGCAUAGCCAUAAACGUUUUGAAAGGGUUCUUGAAAGUUACCGCCGGUGUAGAAAAGGGCAUGAGUCGAUGUCUGAAUGGGCCUUUGCAGAUCUUUGUACAAAACGGGCUAUGCUUAUGAGUCAGGUUGUUAGGACAUUUCCAGCGUGUACAACCCGCGAGUAAUAGCGCCGUUUGUAUUGAUGUACAUACAUACACAGUAGAACAAAAUGCCAUUAUCUCUGAAUGUAUCCAGCCCCGGGGGGGUUGGGCUGACUUUAUCGCAAAGUCAUCAAGAUGAUUUGAUUGAUGAUAGGCCUGG